GGCAGUCUCUUUCCCCAGCCACAAAACAACCGUGAGUGUCUAACUCACUGUUCUUGAAAAACUUAAAAAUAAUAUAAAAAAAUAUAAAAGCAACAAAAUCUCCAUAAAAAAUAAGAACCUUACUAUUUAAAGAAAUACAAACAUAAAAAAAAAUUGCAAAAAAUUAAUAACAAAAAAUAGAAACAAGAGGCCUCGGGCUUAACCCGAAGUUGUUGUCCACCUUUGACGGAAGACUUCAGGAGACAUCGACUUAUGUCGUGAUUUUUUCAGGUUUGAUAUUUUCGCAACAAAGCUGGACCCCAGAGCCAGCUGUCGGUGUCUUUAUUAGGCGAGAACUGAGGCGCAGCUUGGACCCAGGAUACGCUUCACACCGGCAUUAUUCCUCCUGGCGUGUCUGAGGGAGGCUCCGCAUUCACUUAUUUUGUGAACUCCGAGAUAUGAACACAGCGACGGGGAGUUAUCCGAUGGCUUCUCUCUACGUUGGCGACCUGCACCCGGACAUCACGGAGGCUAUGCUGUACGAGAAAUUCAGCCCAGCCGGACCGGUGCUUUCUAUUCGGGUAUGCAGGGACAUGAUCACCCGGCGAUCCCUGGGAUACGCUUAUGUCAACUUCUCCCAGCCAGCUGAUGCUGAAAGAGCCCUGGACACCAUGAACUUUGACGUGGUCAAAGGGAAGCCAAUCAGAAUCAUGUGGUCUCAAAGAGACCCCUCCCUUAGGAAGUCUGGAGUGGGCAACGUGUUCAUCAAGAACCUUGACAAGUCCAUUGAUAACAAAGCCCUGUACGACACCUUCUCCGCCUUUGGCAACAUCCUCUCCUGCAAGGUGGUGUGUGAUGAAAAUGGCUCCAAGGGCUACGCCUUUGUCCACUUUGAGACCCAGGAUGCUGCUGAUCGUGCCAUUGAGAAGAUGAACGGCAUGCUUCUGAAUGACCGCAAGGUGUUUGUGGGUCGUUUCAAAUCUCGCAAGGAGCGGGAGGCUGAGCUUGGUGCCAAAGCCAAGGAGUUCACCAAUGUGUACAUCAAGAACUUUGGGGAUGAUAUGGAUGACGAACGCCUGAAGGAGCUUUUUGACAAAUACGGUAAAACACUCAGUGUGAAGGUGAUGACAGACCCCACCGGCAAAUCCAGAGGCUUUGGAUUUGUUAGUUACGAGAAGCAUGAGGACGCUAACAAGGCUGUAGAGGACAUGAAUGGCAGCGACCUCAAUGGCAAAACUGUGUUUGUGGGCCGGGCUCAGAAGAAGAUGGAGCGACAGGCUGAGCUGAAGAGGAAGUUUGAGCUACUGAAACAAGAAAGGAUCAGUCGUUAUCAGGGUGUAAAUCUUUACAUUAAGAACCUGGAUGACACCAUAGACGAUGAGAAACUGCGUAAGGAGUUCUCUCCGUUUGGGUCUAUCACAAGUGCUAAGGUGAUGCUAGAGGAGGGCCGCUCCAAGGGCUUUGGCUUUGUCUGCUUCUCCUCCCCUGAAGAGGCCACCAAGGCUGUGACUGAGAUGAACGGACGAAUCGUUGGCUCCAAACCACUCUACGUAGCUCUCGCUCAGCGCAAAGAAGAGCGCAAAGCCCACCUCACCAACCAGUACAUGCAGCGUAUUGCUGGCAUGAGAGCCAUGCCGGCAAACGCCAUCAUUAACCAGUUCCAGCCCACCAGUGGCUACUUCAUGCCAGCUGUGCCACAGGCCCAGAAUAGGACUACAUACUAUGCACCCAAUCAACUGGCCCAAAUGCGACCCAACCCCCGAUGGCAGCAACAAGGUGGCAGAGGUCAAGGUGGUUUCCAAGGGAUCCCCAACUCACUGCGUCAGCCAGGACCCCGAGCCAAUUUGAGACACAUGACUCCUAAUAGCGGUGGACAGGGCCCACGAGCUUCUGGCCAGGCCAUGGCUCCUCGCCCCUCAAUGGGAGUCCCCGGGCCCCGUGCCAUGCCUCCUUACAAAUAUGCCACCGGUGUCCGUAAUCCAAACCCACAGGUGGUGCAACCUAUUGCCUUACAGCAGGCUCAGCCAGCUGUACACGUUCAGGGCCAGGAGCCUCUCACAGCCUCCAUGCUGGCUGCUGCACCCCCUCAGGAACAGAAACAGAUGCUAGGUGAGCGUCUUUUCCCACUGAUUCAGUCCAUGCAUGCCAACCUGGCUGGAAAGAUCACUGGCAUGCUUCUGGAGAUCGACAACUCUGAACUGCUACAUAUGCUGGAGUCUCACGAAUCUCUGCGUUCAAAGGUGGAAGAAGCUGUGGCUGUGCUCCAAGCCCACCAGGCGAAGAAAGACGCCACUCAGAAAGUUAGUGGCAUGCCUACAACUGCUGCUGCUGGCACAUCCUGAAGACAUGUGCUCCAUUAAAUUGGGCACAAACAAACGAGCAGAGAUGCGAAGAGACUCACUACACUGACUCAAAACUCCAGAUUCUUCUGAGCAAUUAGGCGGAAGGGAAGAAAAUUUGAUUUUAAAAAUAUACUUGAACAUUUUGAAAAAUGUCACAGUUCACAGUUUUGUAGUUCUGUAAUACUUUUAAACUGCAUACUGAGGCCCCUAACUCUGUGGCAAAGGAGAUAAUUUUUUAAAGGAAAAUGAGCCUUGUUCUUUUUCUUUGCUUGGAAGUUUUAUGUUUGAUUUGAAAUUAUGGACUCCCCCAUUCUAUCAUGUUAUCAUGGGUGUGUGAUAUUCUCAAUAAAGGGAUGAAUUAUCAAGGUUA